UUGUCAGCUCCGGAAUUGGAGGGAAGGGAGCUCUGGCAGAGGUCCAGUGCCACCUGGACAAAGAAGGGGCCUCUGAUCUGGUCAUUGAUCUCAUCAUGAACGCUACCAGCGACCGAAUCUUCCAAGAGAGCAUACUGUUAGCCAUUGCACUGCUGGAGGGUGGAAACACAGUCAUCCAGCGGUCGUUCUACCACCGUUUAACGGGGGACAACAAGUCUGAGAAAUUCUUCAAGGUCUUUUACGAGCGCAUGAAGCUGGCCCAGCAGGAGAUCAAAGCCACUGUAACAGUCAAUACUAGUGACCUGGGCAGCAAGAAGAAGGACGAGGAGCCACCAGACAAAGACACGCCUGCACGCAAGAAAGUGAAAGACCUGCCAGUGGUGGCAGUGGUGACCGAGGAGGUGAAGGAGCAGCUGGUGGAGGCCUCAGCCGUGACCAAGAAGGCCUUUACGACCUACCGACGCGAGGCCGAGGCCGAAGAACACCAAGCAGCCGCCGACGGCUCUCCUGUCCCGACUGCUGAUAAGGGCCAGGAGGAAGGCGAGAUGAGUGUUGUCAUCACCAUCAUGCAACCCAUCUUGCGUCUCAUGCAGCUGCUCUGUGAGAACCACAACAGAGAUCUACAGAACUUUCUGCGCAAUCAGAAUAACAAGAACAACUAUAAUCUGGUGUGCGAGACCCUCCAGUUCCUGGACUGUAUUUGUGGAAGUACAACAGGAGGACUGGGCCUGCUGGGACUUUACAUCAAUGAGAAGAAUGUAGGACUCAUCAACCAGACUGUGGAGAGCCUGACUGAGUACUGCCAGGGUCCCUGUCAUGAAAACCAGAACUGCAUCGCCACCCAUGAAUGCAACGGCAUUGACAUCAUCAUUGCUCUCAUCCUCAAUGACAUCAACCCCCUUGGCAAGAAGAGAAUGGAUCUGGUGCUGGAACUCAAAAAUAAUGCCUCCAAGCUGCUUCUUGCAAUUAUGGAGAGUCGCCAUGACAGCGAAAACGCUGAGAGGAUACUGUACAACAUGAGGCCUAAAGAGCUGGUGGAAGUGAUAAAAAAGGCCUAUAUGCAGGGAGAGAUAGAGGUGGAGGAGCCACAGGAGGGUGAGGAUGGAGAGGAGGAGCACUCUGCGUCUCCACGCAACGUUGGUCAUAAUAUCUACAUCUUGGCACAUCAAUUAGCCCGUCACAACAAGGAGCUACAGGCUAUGUUGAAGCCAGGGGGCACGUAUGGAGAGGGUGACGAGGCUCUUGAGUUCUAUGCCAAGCACACAGCUCAGAUUGAGAUUGUACGACUAGAUCGCACCAUGGAGCAGAUAGUCUUUCCUGUGCCCAACAUCUGCGAGUUCCUCACCCAAGAGUCCAAGCUGCGUGUCUACUAUACCACAGAGCGGGAUGAGCAGGGUAGCAAGAUCAAUGACUUCUUCCUGCGCUCCGAGGACCUCUUCAAUGAAAUGAACUGGCAGAAGAAGCUGCGAGGUACUCAAGAGGCUACUGGUAACACAAACACAGUUCCCUCCCAGCCCAUCCUGUACUGGUGCUCCAGGAACAUGUCAUUCUGGAGCAGCAUCUCCUUCAACCUGGCUGUGCUCAUGAACCUACUUGUGGCCUUCUUCUACCCUCUGGAGGGUGUCCGUGGAGGUACCCUGGAGCCCCAUCUAUCUGCCCUGCUGUGGAUGGCCAUGCUGGUGUCUCUGGCUAUAGUCAUCGUCUUGCCUCAGCCUCAUGGUAUCCGGGCACUCAUCGCCUCCACCAUUCUGCGCUUGAUCUUCUCUGUAGGCCUGGAGCCCACUUUGCUUCUGCUGGGGGGUUUCAAUUUAUGUAAUAAGGUAAUCUUCCUGAUGAGCUUUGUUGGGAACCGAGGAACCUUCACCCGUGGCUACAAAGCCAUGAUCAUGGAUGUGGAGUUCCUGUACCACCUGCUCUACCUGAUUAUCUGCACCCUGGGGGUCUUUGUCCAUGUCUUCUUUUACAGCUUGCUGCUCUUUGAUCUGGUUUACCGAGAAGAGACCUUGCUGAACGUUAUAAAGAGUGUGACCCGCAAUGGCCGCUCCAUUGUUCUGACAGCCGUGCUGGCUCUUAUCCUCGUCUACCUCUUCUCCAUUGUGGGUUAUAUCUUCUUCAAAGAUGAUUUCAUUUUGGCUGUGGACAGAAUACCCAACAAAACACUAGAACAUGGAGCCAGUAUGGUGGGAGAGUUCUUCUCUGGUGGAGUGUGUCAGAAAGAAAACAGGGAAAACUGUUCAGGAGAGGCCGCCAUGGAUGCUUCCCUUGCCAUCCAGCCGUCGGCGGUGGUGAUCGAGGACAAGGAGCGAACGUGUGACUCCUUGCUCAUGUGCAUUGUCACAGUAUUGAGUCACGGCCUCAGGAGUGGAGGAGGUGUUGGGGACGUCCUACGGAAGCCAUCCAAAGAGGAACCCCUUUUUGCAGCCAGAGUGAUCUACGAUCUGCUCUUCUUCUUCAUGGUCAUCAUUAUUGUCCUCAACCUCAUCUUUGGUGUCAUCAUUGAUACUUUUGCUGACCUGAGGAGUGAGAAGCAGAAGAAAGAGGAAAUCCUAAAGACAACAUGUUUUAUUUGUGGGUUGGAGCGGGACAAGUUUGACAAUAAGACAGUUACCUUUGAAGAACACAUCAAAGUCGAGCACAACAUGUGGCAUUACCUGUUCUUCAUCGUUCUGGUGAAGGUGAAGGAUUCGACAGAGUACACUGGACCAGAGAGCUAUGUAGCUGAAAUGAUCAGGGAGCACAACUUGGACUGGUUCCCACGGAUGCGGGCCAUGUCCUUGGUCAGUAGCGAUGCAGAUGGAGAACAGAACGAGAAGAACCUGCAGGAGAAACUGGAGUCCACCAUGAAAUUGGUGUCGAACCUCUCGGGCCAGCUGACAGAGCUCAAAGAACAGAUGACAGAACAGAGGAAGCAGAAGCAGCGGAUUGGCCUGCUGGGAACCUCAGCACAUGAACGUCAACCCCAGCAGCCGCAUAAGGUCAACUAA